AUGGCAUAUCACAUCCUGCCAGAUUUCGGUCCCGUUAUUGGCUUGACAAUCCCAAUCCUUGGGACGAGAGAACGAUCGAUGCAGCUCGUCAGAAGCCCUCAUCAUAGACUCAUAGAACUGGCAAAACACUCCAAACUACGCUUGCCACACGUCUAUGUUCAGACAGUAGAUAGAUUCAAAGCCUUUGGAGGUCAUAACACAUCAGCUUCAGAAUACAGGUUGGACGAGGGAUCUUAUUAUAGACUAAUGGAUAGAUUGGGGCUACAUGCUAGCAAUUAUGCUUCUGAUGUGUUCCCAAGCACAUUACAUAGACCCCAUUCAACAGUAUCGGUUUCAACUCCGCUGUCAUCUCAAGUGCCAACUUCAUCAACACCACAAAAUCAGUCUGAUGUUUACUACGCUCCUGGACGUUCGCCAUAUGGUCCAUCGCAGUCCGAGCGACACCAAAAUGGUAGAAAUCAAGAUCAUAAGUCACCGAACAAUAACAUGCCCAAUUGGCUGGCAAUACUUCGCAGUUGGAUUCGACCAUACAACGGACAAGAUAGAAAUAGAAAGAGUUGUAAAAACUGCAAAGUUCGGGAAAUAUCGAAUCCCGUUCCAGAAGGCUUGCUAUCUACUGAGCCCGGGCUGAGCGAGCCUCCUCUUCCUUAUAUCAUCACACUUCAGUGUACCGUCUGA